UUCGUCUGCUACCAACUUAUCUGGUCACUCCCAAUAUGAGCCACCUACCUCCAAAGAUGUAUUAAUGAAGGCCACCAAGAUAGGAGGAAGGAAGCCCACUAAGAUGGUAGAAACAUUCCAAGGUGAUAAGUACGCAAAGAAGGAUGCCCCCAUGGUGCUACAGUCUGUUGUCAAGGCAACGAAAGCUUGGUCAAAUAAAAGCAAUCAGAUGCAUCAUAAGAUCAAAGUGGAUUUCCAGGAAGACUAUGACAUAGAUACAGCCUGGCGUCGUGGCCUCAGUCUCAUCUCAUCUACACCAUUCUGUGUGCGCACUGUGUGUUUCUUAUGUGCCAGUGCAGGCCAGCAUCAGCUUGUCUACUGUAAUGUCUGCUGUGAACCAUUCCAUACUUUCUGCCUGGAGGACCAUGAGAAACCUAAGAAAGGCAACCUGGAGAACUGGUGCUGUAGAAGAUGCCAGUGUUGUAAUGUCUGUGGCAAGCCUAAUAAGCUCCUUGAGUGUGACAAGUGUAAAGACACCUACCAUGCAGAGUGCUUAGGUCCAUGCUACCCUACAAAACCAUCCAAAAACAAAAAUAUUUGGGUGUGUACUAAAUGUGUAAGAUGCAAGAGCUGUGGGGCAACUACACCUGGUAAAACCUAUGGUGCCACCUGGAUGUAUGACUUCUCUCUCUGCUUCGAGUGUGGUCAACUCAUGGACAAAGGUAACUUUUGCCCAUUGUGCCAUAAGUGUUACUCUGAUGAUGAUUGGGACUGUAAGAUGGUCCAGUGUGCCAGGUGUGAUAGCUGGGUACAUGCAAAGUGCGAGAACUUAUCAGAUGAGAUGUACCAGAUGAUGUCCUACCUACCUGAGGAGAUUCCUUACAUCUGUACAGCCUGUGUGCCUGAAAAGCCAGCCAAGUGGGAGGUUGCCCUCCGUCAGGAGAUGAUAGCAGGGUGCACCUAUGUUCUCACCACACUACUCAACUCUAGGUGUGCCCAACAUCUAGUGCACAUUACUGAGGAGCAGAAAUCAAAAUUAAAGUGCAAUAAAACUAAAUCAGAGCCCGGUGACAUUAAAUCAACAAUAGAGAAUACAUCUAAAAAGAAAGAACAUGCGGUUGGUGUGAGGAGGAGUAGCAGAUUCACAAGUGAUGAGAAGCAAGAGGUCAAGGACACUCAUGUGUCAAAGGUCAACUUAACUGGGUCAGAGGUCAGUGCCAAACCUGAGGAUAUUGAAGUCAAUGUCACUUCUGAUUCUGAAAAUGAAAACAUUGCAGUAACGGAAGAAAAGGGAGCUGUGGAAAAUGCUAACACAUCAGAAAAAGCAGUCAAGGUUGAUAAUAAUGAACAUCAAAAUGAAUUGGAUGGUGAAGAUGCAUCUGCUAUAUCUACUUCACAUUUGAGUAAUAAUCAAACUUCACAAUCGGAAUCUCAAAAUACAUUGAACAUUGAAACUGAAGACACAAAUGACCAAUCAGAAUUUGCGAAACCAAGUGACAGUGUUUCCAAAGAUAUAGUAUCAAAACAGUUGGAGGAGGAUAUAUCAAAUUUUUCAGAUACUCAGGAAUUAAAAGAAAAAAAUAAUGAAAAUUUGGAAACUCAAAGGGAACCAAUGGAGGUUGAUCAGUUAGGUACCACAUGUACUAAUGAGGAUAGUCAUUUUGGUACCGAUGAAAUUAAUGCCAUGCAUGAUAUUGGUGAUGUUGCCAUGGAAACUAGCGGUGCUGAAGGAAAAUCAGAUCAAGAGUUCAGAUGUGACACUGAAGAUAAAUCAAAGGAUGAAUCAAAUAGUGAUGAUAUCAGUAAAAUUGAAACUAAUGAAAUGCUGAAUAAUGAUACAGAUGAUGGAACUAAUCUUGCUGAUUUAUCGUUUGAAGUCCCUAUGGAUAUUAUCAAAGAAACUCUUGGUGAUUUGACUGAUUCUGUAAUCGAGGCAGUGCUACAGUCAGAAGAUGGUGGGGUGGAGGUUGUGGUUGACAACAUCCCUGGGGAAGAUGGAGACCCCACUGGGGGUGAGAAUGGAGAACAGGUGAUUGUAGUGCCUGACAAUGCUGUAGUUGAUACCCUUCCAGAUGGUACCACUGUUGUAGUGCUCCCUGGUGACAAUGAGGACAGUGAGACUACAGACAAUGUGAUCAAAGAUACUCUUGCAGACACAGAAAUAUUGGAUUCUGAGUCUGGUGUUCAAACAACAAACAAUCAUGUUGCCAUGGCACCAGACACUAGAGAUCCCACAACACCUGAGAAACAAGUCAUUCGAAGUACAUUCUUACCACCGCCACCUCAAAAAGAACACCCUUCUGAUUUUAACAGUGUCAAGUCCAAACUUAUCAAUAACCAAUACAAGCUGGUAGAGGAUUUCGCAGAUGACUUGGUGUUUAUAAUACAAGAUGCUUUGAAAACUGAAGAAACUGCAACAAAGAAGAAAUUCAAUAAUGCAGUUCGAAGUAUCUUCACAAAGGAGAUGGCUAAAUGUUUUCCCUGGUUUAAUGUAAAUACAGAGCAACUAUGGCAACAGAAUAAGAAUUACCCAAGUGAUAUGCUCCCUGAGGCGGUGCUGCCCCCUAGUGAGGACCACACAUACGCUCAGUGGCUCUCUAGGAAUAAAUCGCCACACUCUCCCCACCCCUCGCCCUUUAAGAGGGUAAAGAACACGCCUGUGAAGUGGGAGUUCUCCACAGAUAGUGAUACGCCAGUGCCAGCAGGUAACAGAGAGGAUGUACGCAAAUGUAACUUGUGUGGGGAGUAUGGUGAUGCAAUGCCAAAUGAUGCAGGCAGGCUGCUGUACAUGGGUGGGGAUGAUUGGACCCAUACUAACUGUGCCCUAUGGUCAGCUGAGGUGUAUGAGGAGGUGGAUGGUUCUCUGCAGCAGGUUUACAUGGCCAUUGCCAGAGGCAAGAAACUUAGAUGUGCCUAUUGUGACAAAAGUGGUGCCACUGUUGGUUGUUGUGCCGCUGGAUGUAAGGCCAACUACCACUUUAUGUGUGCUAGGAAAGCUGGCUGUAUAUUCUUAGAGGAUAAGAAAGUAUUCUGUAAAGAUGACACCUCAUUGGUUGAUGGACAGACAAUUGUAAAUGGCAGAUUCAAAGUGAUGCGUAGAGUGUGUAUAGACAUGAGCACAGGUUUCCUGAACAAACCAAAGAGCUAUAUGAAACAAGGCCUUGCUGCCCAACUUGUCAAUUUAAUAGCUGGCUCAAUGACGAUAGAAUGUCUUGGUACACUGACUCCAUCCUCUGAUUGCAAACGCUCAUUGUACCCUGUUGAUUUCAGCUGUAGCCGUGUCUUCUGGAGCACGAAAGAUGCAAGGCGUAGGGCGGUAUACACGUGUAAGAUAAUUGAAGUGAAACCUGACAGUCCAUCUACACCUGAGUUCUUUUCUGGUGACCACCAAACCAUAGUACACGAUGAUAAUGAAGAAGUGAUUGAUGACAUGCCAGCACCAAUUUUAAAACUGGGUGACAUUCAACGUAGUGUUAGCAUAGGGGAGGAUGACAUUUUGAAAAAUGAAGAGGAUGCUGAGAAUGAAGUUCUGAAUUGUGACCCCACAAAUGAUCUUACAACCGACUUGAUGAAUGCCCCUAGCCAGAGCUAUCCCAUGUAUGAGCCAUUCAAGAGAUUUAAACGAGCUAAGAGUAUGGAUCCAGCGAUUGAGGAAAGGGUGAUUUCCCAAUCUUGGGGUGGUAGAUCUAAUAUAAAACCCACCAAGCCUUCUCCAUAUUUAGAUCUUACUGGGCUAUCUCCCAAGACCCUGAAACAAUUAAAUCUUGUAGAUGCAAUCAAGACAAUUAAGAAUGAGGUCCACUCAAGCCCUGAAAAAGUUAACACCCUAAUGCGAGUAGCAGAGACCCUGAAUGUAGCUGCGGUUAGGAAUCAAAUUCAUACCACAGAUAUAUUGAACAUUAGGAGGCAAUCUAGGGAUGGCAGUGUUGGGAGGCAAUCUAUGGAUGGCAGUGUUGGGAGGCAAUCUAGAGAGGGCAGUGUAGAUAACGCAGCUUUGUCGAUCAGGGAGAGCAGUGUUGAAAAUAAUGAGAUAAAUUCAAAUAUGGCAGUGGAUGAAGCUUUUGACGAUGAACUGAAAUCAAUGUAUGAUAAAAUUGUCCAAGAUGCGAAAAAAAUCCAAGAACCAGUCCAAGAUCACAACCCUUUAGAAAAUCAUGAUCAGAAAUCUGGAGCAGUUGAUGAUCAUCAACCAGACAAAGUCAAACAAGAUGGAUAUCAAAACUUUUUUAAAAAAUUCUGCCAAGGAAAAGAAAGUUCUGCCGAUGAAGCUAUGGAAGUAGAUAUUGAUGAGAACAUUAUUAACAAAAAUCCCUCAACAUGCAAAGAUCUUUCAAUACAACCAGAUUCAAAUGAAACGCCAAUGCAGGAACUGAAAGAUGUCAGCGAAUGUAUAUCUGAUAAAUCAACACAUGAUAAACUUGUGAAUAAUGAUGUAAAGCUAUUAACUGAGUCAGUUGAACUGAAUGGAAUUGAUGUAGACAGUGCCAUAGAGGAUGGCCCAAUUGGCCAGUAUGAUGGCUGUGAUGAUGACAAGCCAAAGAAUACAAAAGCUCAAGAUAAGGCAUCAGUAAAAGUUGACAACUCUAGUGCUAUUCCCCCUUGCAUUGUAAUUGACACUGACGAUGAGGAUUCCAUACCCAACAAGAAAGCUAAACUUGUCAAUGGUGAAACGUUGAAAUCAUUGAAAAAAGAAACAGGGAUUAAGCAUCAAUUAAAUGUUGCUCACAAGGAAGGACUUACACCAAUAUUCAAUUCAGAUGGGAUCUUGAUUGGUCACAAGAUGAACCCUGCAGCUAGUAAUAAUCAAAUCUUCAGCAAGAAACGAAUCAUUUCAAAACCUUCAUCCCCUACACCAUUGAAUCUGAAAAACCGCAUCACCAUAUCCAAAAAUUUCACCCAGGGAGCAGCUGACUCUGCUAAAGCUGUUAAACAACCAUUUAGGAGUAGUACACCAACACAUGAACAAAACCACAAAUCUCCUAACAGCAAGCAGAAUGAUGGCAGUCCAGAGAACCGUAACCUCUUUGAAGCAUUUUGCAUGACUCCAACGAAGGAAAAUAUUGAGAGAAAGGAGAAGACGGGGAAUGAAAUUCUUGCCGUAAUGAGAUCAAAUCGUUCAUCCCGGUCAUCUUCCACUGAUGAUGAAUCCAAGAAGACGUACCCACUACGACGUACUGCUAGACGUAGAUCUGAUGAUGCUCAAGCUAGACAAUCUGCAAAGGCACAAAUGCAGGAUUUAACCAAACAGUCCAAGAAUAGCCUAAAUGGAUUAAUUCCACAGGAGAACAAUCAGAACAGCCAACAACAUUCAAAAACCAGAGGAAGGUCAAAUACUGGCGUUGAUGGCCCAAUUAGUGAUUCUAGCAGUGAUAUCGAGAAAACAUUGCCAUCUAUCCAAGAAGCUGAAUAUCCAUCAAAUGAUAUGUCUCCUGAAGAUGCCGAGGACACAGUCAUCAAAGAGAAAGAUACAGAAUCAAAACUGGAAUCUACUGAAAAUGUGAAAGUAUCUAGAAAGUGGAUUGAAAAGAGCCUGCCAAGUGUAACUAAUAUAUCUGUUGAGAAUGUGCCAUCUCCUAAAGUGCAGUCUCCACAAAGAUUAGCAGAUUCUGAGAGAACAGUUGAGACUACAGUCCAGUUGGCUCAGACGAAGGCUACCAUUAUGAAGACAAUCAAAGGUCGCUCAGAGAGCCCAUUAACAGUCAAUACACACAUGAACUUCCCUAAGGCUAAAGUUGUGAUUGAGAAACUAAGCCCUGCUCAGGUGAGACGGCUGUCACAGCAGCCUGAGAAAAGUCCACCAUUACAUGAUAAAAUUGCAAGGAAAAUUACAGAGGAAAGCAUGUCGAAAAGUUUAAGUCUGGGAGGACCUUUCAAAUGUCCAACUUGCAAGAGGAAGUAUCGCACUCCAGCAAGUUUGUUGAAACAUGCAGAGCAAUGUGACUUUAAUGUUAGUUCCAGUGAUGAAGAUGAAGAAGUGGAAGAUGAAGCUGGCUCAAUAAGUGAUGAACCAGAACCAAAGAAAGUUGAAACAGAAAAAGAUCUUACUCCGCUUACUCGACACUCCAAACGCAGACCUAAACCUGUCACCAUGUUAGAUUAUGAUCAGACUAUGGAGUCCCAGAGUAGCGAGGAGGAUCUAGAGCCCACUGAACAUGUGAUUAUACGUAAAGAUUCUCCAAAGGCGAGUCGCAUAGACCAUGAGAUGUUAGAAAUAGCCCAGGGCAAUGGUGAUGAUGAGGAUGGUGACUGGAUGCCAACAGCAUCUGAGCAGCAGAAACUGGGAUUUAAACGAGUCAAGAAUUUACAACGUACCCCUACACCAUCAGAAACUGAAGACAGUGAAAUAACUGAUUUUACAGAUUAUGCUAGCGAUCCAAUGGAAGAAGAGGAAGCGGCUGCAGAACCUGUUCCUGAUCUUAAGAAAAAAGCUAUUUUAGAGAUGGUACAAAGGCGGCAACUUGUUGAGAAAAAGCGAAUUGAAAUACCAUCAACUGUGACAUACAGUGACAUAAGUGUUUCCAAAAAUCUGAUUUCAAUAAAUCCUAACAAGGUACAUAGUUCUGUAAGUAGAGCGUCAACUCAUCCAUCCAUUUUAAGACCAGCAAUAAGUAAUGGAGCAACAGUCCGAGAAGUUGCUGGUAAAGUGAUAACAAUCAAAAGAGGAACCAGUGGAGCAGCAACAAUAGCAGUGACUAGUGCAUCAACAACAAUUUCAGGUGUGACUAGUGGAGCAACAUCAAUCCCAGGCAUAACUAGUGGAGCAACAACAAUCCCAGGCUUGACUAGUGGAGCAACAUCUUCAGCAGUUAUAUCUCAAGCUUCUUCAACACUUGGUGUUGCCAUGUCAGCAAGUGCCCGUCUUCAACAAUUACAGAUGAUGUCAAAUCUAAACCAAGAGGCACAAAAUAAUCCACAAAGCACCAUAUCUCCUGUGAGGCUUGAUACAUCAACUGGUAUGAUGGCCAACUCCUUGCAACCUGUAAAUGCUCAAGUUGUAAACUCUCAGAUUGCAUCCCCACCCAUAUAUCCAAACACACAAAUCACCCCACAAACGUUGGUACAAUGUUCACAAAUUCAGCCUCAAGCUCAGUAUCAGAACCCAAUGAUUGCAACCCAAUCUAUUAUCGCAAGUCCCCAAAUUCAGACAUCAGUCAUACCAACAAUGCAGAUCCCGACACCUCAGAUACAGAUGAUGCAGCAGAUGCCCCCAACACUCAAUGUCCAAUCUGUGUUUGUUGAUCAGAAAGGAACAAGAUAUUUGACUGUGAAGGGACCACCUGGGGUUAAUCCAUUGCAGUAUCAAUUAGCUGCAUCAAAUUCUGUAUUAAUGCCCACUGUUCAGAGUGUUCCCAUAUCCCCUGUUCAUGUAAUAGGGCAAAAUUAUAGCCCACCUAGACAGAAAAGCCCUCGUCUUCUCCCAAAUGCUCAUUUAGAGACAUCCCCACUACGUCACAAUCUGGCACAGAAGUCUGGCGGACAGGUGUUUAAGGUGGAGCACCCUGUCAGCAAUGUACAACAGCAAACUAACUCUGAUAUGCUAAAGUUUGUCAACAAUGCCAACAAAGUUAACCCCAAUAUUAUACGAGUUAUCCAGAAAGUACCUUCCAACACACAAGUCAACAAGGGAAGGAAUACACCAACUGGAGAGGUGUCAGUUUUAUCUGCUAGCACAGACACUGCUGGGACGAUGUAUAUAAAUGAAACUCCACCGUCUGUAUGUGGGAGAACCACACCUGGGUCAGGAUCCUCCAUCUCAACAGAAUCAUGUAAUACUGAUACAGCAUCUGAAAAUAACUCUGUGGAUAUGGCAGCACAGAGAGAUGACUCAGCAAAUGAAGUACAAGGUAGUGCAACAUAUGUGCCAAACAGUGAAACUGGCAAAGCUGAGCCAAAAGUUGUAAAAUUGAUGGUUAAAAAGGCAGAUCAAAUGGGUAAAGCUGGGUUUGUAGUCUGUACAUCAAUGGAUGGGACAAGUCGUUUCAAAGAAUCUGGAAUGUCGACCAAACAGAAUUCCUUUACAGAUAAUAUUGAUGGAGACUAUAGUAAUAUUCAAGGUAGAUUGACCCCUAAGUCUGACUCAUUAACACCGGGGCAUUUAAAUCAUGGUUUAGAGAGUUUGACCCCAGCGUCUGGCAGGUUGACACCAGGAUCUGGCAGAUUGACACCAGGAUCAGCAGGCAGGUUGACACCAGGGUCUGGAAACAUGACACCUGAAAUGACAGUUUCUCCAUUUGAUAGUCACAUGGGUAACUCCAACCAUAUGAGUGGUGAUUCUAGCCCUACCCCUGGAAUUCUUAAAAGAAGCAGAGAAGGCACACCCACCGAUUCGAACCCUGUGCUCUCUAACUACCUUCAAAAUACUAAACAGCUUCUGUACAGUAAAAUCCUUCGUAAGAAUCAGAGGCAAGAGUCAAAUAAUUAUCAGUCGCUUCUCCCGUUAACCCAUCAGAAAACACUUCAGGAACAACAACAGGAGAAAUCAGCUAUAAAAAUAAUUAAAAGGAUUGGUUCUGAUCUCGAACCAACUGUUGUCUCAAUGCCCAUGACACACACACAAAAACUUAAUUACGCUGUUAAUCAGUCCAAAAACAUUUACAACACAAACAAACAAGCUUUACAACACCAUGGUUACAAUCUUGGCAUACAACAACAUGGCCAACCAAAUAAGGUGUAUCCUCGAUUUGAUGCUGACCAGCAUAACUAUUCUAGUCAAAACGUAUACAAGAUUAAGAAGAAUAAAUUGGAGAAAAAACACAAGAAGCCAAAACCAGCUAAUAAAAUCCAAGUGUUUAUGGAUGCAAAUGGUGUGGAGCAUAAAUUUAUGCAAAAAAAGAAAAAAGGUCGACCAAAGUUGGGCCAAGGUCUUCAUGACCUCGUAAGAAUGAACCAAGUGAGGAAAAAGGCUGAUGCUCUGAGAGAGUCCAACAUUAGCCAUGGAAUUAAUGGGCCCCACACUAGCCAACCAAAGAUGAUCAGUCCCCCAACUAGCUUACCCCCAGCAGCAACAGAAGAGGAAGUGACGGAAUCCCCCUUGUAUACCAUAUUUGAACAUGAGGAAAAGGUGCGACGUCAGGAAGCUCUUGCCAGGAAAGACUCGCCAUAUUUGAUCUUUGAUAUCCGCAGUGACGAUGGUUUCCAUGUGCAAUCCAGCAAUUGGAGUGAUGCAUGGAAUGCUGUGUUGGAAAGAGUACAAGAUGCCAGGGCCUCAGCCCACAUGAAACAGUUAUCAAUGCAGAGCCUGGACCGUCUAGGGCUCUUUGGUUUGAGCCAUGAUGCUGUUGUCUACCUCAUAGAACAACUGUAUGGUGCUAAAUACUGCCGCAAUUAUAAGUUCCUCUAUCACCAUUAUGACCACAAGGAUACUUCAGAAAUGGAGGUUGUUGAGGUUGAGAACCCUACAGGGUGUGCCAGGUCGGAACCAUUCAUCUCCAGGAAGCCAUUUGAGAUGUUUAGUUUCCUCCUGUCAAAGUACAGAAUACGACCAUCACUGCGUACAGAGGGAGAGAAACAAGUCGAGAAAAUGCUACAGACAUCACAAAAACGUGCCACUAGUUUAGAUCUUCCAGUGGGUAUGAGGUAUCGUCAUUUGCAACAACAUUCCAAAGAAGCUGUAGGGGCAUACAGGUCUUCCAUUCAUGGUAGAGGCCUAUACUGUAAGAGAGACAUAGAUGCUGGUGAGAUGGUGAUAGAAUAUGCAGGAGAGGUCAUCAGAUCCAUACUCACAGACAAGCGAGAGGAGUACUAUGAAAGCAAGGGUAUUGGUUGCUACAUGUUCCGUAUUGACGACUAUGAUGUCAUAGAUGCCACCAGGAAGGGGACUGCUGCUAGAUUCAUCAACCAUUCAUGUGACCCCAACUGCUACUCUAAAGUCAUCAAUGUAGAUGGAAAGAAACACAUUGUCAUAUUUGCUAGCAGACCAAUUAUGCGUGGUGAAGAAUUGACAUAUGAUUACAAAUUCCCAAUAGAAGAUGUCAAAAUACCAUGCCUGUGUGGCGCCAAGAAAUGUAGACAUUAUCUCAACUGAAAUGGCCAUAUAUGGAGAGAAAACUGAACAAGUCUUAUUGUCAUCUUCAUUGAGAUGACUCUAUCAGACUGGAGUGAUGCUAUCUCAGAUUCACCAAAUAUGGGAUGCAAGGUUUAACAAGUAUUGGACUUCAUCUCAACUGGCCAUAUAUGGAGUAAUCGAGUAUGGCAACAUUACUAAGACGACCAAAUAUGGACUGGGAAUUAACAUAAUAUCAAGUGUUGCCAUGAUAUGUGGAGCCUGUUGAUUAACAGUGAAUUCCAGAUGAUUGUUAUUUCAAUUGAAGUCUCCAUUUGGUUACUAUAGUACAUAUGAUCAAUAUCAAUGUACAGUGAAGGAUAAGUUGAAAAAAAACUGACCUUUAGAUUAAGCUUUAAUUUGAACUAAAGAAAGACUUUGAAAUCUGAUAUGACAGUCACUUUAGGUAGGCAGCUUGGAAUGAGUAAUCUUGAACCUUUUACAUGUGUAAAAUGUCAUCAUUUAUUCCAUUAGGCCUACCUUGAGAAAGCUCUCUACAAUAUAUUUACUGAACGUACUGUACAUCAAUAGAAAUUAUUAAGGGGUUGUGGCCAAAUUUCAAAGAAAAACAGUUUAUGGUUCAAUCCCCUUCUCUCCCCCUGUAAUGAAUCAUUUAAAUAUUGAUUAACUGAAAUUUUCAGAGCCAAAACAUUUUUUACACUAAUGAAAUCAUUGAUUAUCUCAUCCGAUCCACCCAAUGGAAUUAAUUCUUAAUGUUGACAUUUGAACACCAACCCUAAAUCACUAAGUAAGCCAAAGAGUUGAUAUUAUGGUUUGCAGACUGCUCAGAAAGUAAGGGCGUAUCAGUAAUGAGAAAUGGGUAUAAAAGAUAAGAAUGCUGAAUAAUGUAGCUUGAAUCAAAGAUAGUCUACCUCUGCUAGAUACACAAAGACCACGCACAAGCCAUAGCCUAAUACUAAAGUAUAAUAUCUAAAGCUAUUGCACAAUUUGACAUUGAAUGCUUCCUGCUAUGCGCACAAAAUUCAGCCUUGUGUCGUUAAUUACCACCAAACAGCACUUCUUCGGAAUUAAGCAGAUUGGCAUAAUGCACUCGCUGACCAUUUGAAUUCCGUUUAUGCUUUAAUGUGACCCUUUACUAAGAGUGUUGUACUGUCUGAACAAUUUCUUUGCAAUACAGUUAUGACGGGUAUUACAAAAUACAACAAAAUAUGACAAAUGCUUAACCCAAUACCAAACAGGUGUCUUAUAUUAUAAGGCAGAUUUCUACUACACAGAUUAAUUAAAAACAUUUGAUAAUAAAUGCAUGAAGAAUCUUGCAUAAAUUCUCCAUUGGAGAUUUACAUGGUAACAAAGAGUUAUCCUACCAAUGAGGUGCUUAGGAACGUAAAGUUUGCUUUAUUUUACACAAGCAUUGAAAGAAUUUUUUUGUACAGGAAUAUUGGUAGCUAAUAUUUUAUUUUCUGCAAGUUUUCAUUAUGUCACCACCAUUUUUGUGACUGUCAUUUUUUUGUAUCAGCAUUCUGCAUCUGUAACGAUUGUUACACUUUUUGUAAUUGCAUCCAGGUGGUGACAUUCUGUCAUAUUAAUGCCUUGUUUUAGCCAUGCACUGUGCAUUGUUGAG